AUUCCUCUGUGGAAUCGAAACUUUUAUUUCGAAUUUUGAAAGCUUGUGACAAAUGUUGACGAGAUAAAUUUAAUUAAGAGAAUAUAAUUUAAAUAAAACAAUAGGCGAUUAAAAAUGACAAUUGGAUGAUAGUAUCCAUAAUUAAUUGUUUGAUAUGGCCAGCCGUAGCGCAUUACCUACUUGUUCUAUAUUUUUGACGCUUAAUUGACCUUUCUGGCAUCAUCAAUGGAGUCUGAUCACCUUCCUCUGUGCCCCAACGCUCGGUUUGAGAUCAACUCCGAAAAAGAUGGAUAUCGCCCAGUGGUGACGGCGAAUGGCUGUACUGGCGAGAGAAUGGAGACGAGCUUCGAGUCUUUUGGCUCUUCUCAUACCGUACGCCCUCUCCUACGCUGCAACAGCAAAAUCCGCAACUGGGUGGAGUUAGGGUGCGGCUGUUGUGGUCGUGUCGGCAACGACUACACCUAUUACUUCUGCCAUGAAUGCGACGAGAGCUUCCACAGAGAAUGCGUGGAGUCUCCACCUGAGAUGAACCACCCUUACCAUCCCAGACACCAACUCCGUCUCUUCUUCUUUUCCGAAUCACCCCGAAUCUCAUGCCAUUGUUGCAGAUUACUGCCCCCGGGUUUCAUCUAUCUCUGCUCGAUUUGCGACUUCACCAUGGAUGCGAUCUGUGCGAAGAAACGACCACUCCUCGCCAUAGACCACCCGAAAAUUCACGAGCACACGCUCUCCCUCUUCCCCAGGCAAGUUUCCUUUACCUGUAAUGCAUGUGCCCUCGUCAACGACGAUGGCUGGCCUGUAUACGUCUGCCUCCGAUGCGAUUUCAUGAUCCACAGAGACUGUAUCUAUCUGCCACGUGUCAUCAAGAUGUCCCGCCACCCCCACCGCCUCGCCUACUCGCAUGCUCUUCCUUCCGGGGAGCCAUCAUCCUGUGGAGUUUGUCGCCGAGAGGUUAACAUUGAGUUUGGAGGGUACACCUGCACAAAGGGCUGCUCUAACUUUGUUGCUCAUUCGAAAUGUGCGACGAGGAGAGAUGUGUGGGACGGGAAAGAACUCGAGGGAGUACCCGAAGACGCAGAUGCAAUGAAAGACGUCGACCCUUUUGAGCAGAUAGGGGAAGGGAUAAUAUGCCAUUUCAGCCAUAGACACCAUCAUCUGAGAAUCAACGAGGAGAGUCGUGUUUACGACGACAGCAGGUUCUGCCGGGCGUGCACCCUUCCUGUCCAUUACGAUGGCGGAUUCUACAGCUGCAUGCAAUGUGAUUUCACUCUCCAUGAAAGAUGUGCGAAUCUUCCACGCAAGCUUCAUCAUCCGCUACAUCCACAUCCCUUUACCCUGCAAAUCGACAACAUCGGUGACUGGUUCGGCACAGGCUGUUUCAUGUGUAAUAUCUGUCAGAGAAGUUGUUCUGGGUUCAUGUACCAGUGUCCUGACGAGGAUUGUGAUUUCAAACUCGACGUAAGGUGCGCCUCCAUCUCUGAACCAUUUUCAUUCGACGGCCAUCUGCAUCCCCUCUUCCUAACUUCGAGCCCAGGAACCACAAGUUCAUGCCAGGUUUGCCGUUCAGAAGAAAGAAAGGUGCUGAAUUGCAUCGAAUGCGACUUCACUCUGUGCAUCAAGUGCGCUACUCUACCGUAUAGGAUAAAAUACAAGCACGACGGCCAUUUGCUCGCACUCGGUUAUGGCGACGAGGCAAGUGGCAUAUACUGGUGCGAGGUUUGCGAAGAAGAAGUGAACCCGGAAGGUAAGCUAUACACUUGUGAUGAGUGCUGCCUCACUCUUCACGUCGACUGCGUGUUCGGGGUGGACAGUUAUAUAACGCCCGGCCAGACCAUAGUUUACAAGUCUUUGGAGGUCGAGACUCUUCCCAACAACCGUGUUUGCCGACCGACUUGCAAGGUUUGCUGCCGUCGUUGCCAACACCGCAUCGUUUUCAAAGCUUUACCGUCUCGAUAUGUAUUCUGCUCUUUGGAUUGUUUCUUGGAUUUUAAUAGAAUUUGACCGCAUGAAAGCUUUCAUCUUUGAAGUCACGCCUCCAUCAUGUGCU